AUGGAGGCCUCGUCAUCUCCUUCACCAGGCAAUUUUGGGCCCCAAAGUGUGGAGAUUUCUCACAUGGCUCCUACCAAUUUACAACAUAGUCCAGCUCCAAGUCUGGUAACCCGAGAUACCGUCGGUUUGUUUCCGUCUCGCGGCUUGACCAAGAACCUGGUACAAAUGGUACAGAAAGAGUCGUCACAUCAACAGAACACACUCGAAGCAGCCCGCACAUUUACCUUAUUCCCCAGACUUUCUCCCGAGAUUCGAUUGAAGAUUUGGAGAAUGCACUUGGAGUUAGGCAGAGAGAUUCUUCUCAGAGGGUAUUACAUGGAACAUAGUCAGGGAACUCGUGCCCUGGACGAUCUGGAGCUUCAAGCUUUUGAUCCACGUUGUCGGCAAUCGGCACUUCUACACGUCAACUUUGAAAGUCGGACAGAGGCUCUUAAGCUCUAUAAGGCGUUUGGGGCAGGUGACAUCACUGCAGGCUCUAGCGGAAUAAAAAGCAAUGUCACUUCCACAGAGAAGCUUCUAAGCACGGCAACAGAAGCCGUUGUCGAAUGUACAGCUCCGAAGUCAUUUUACAAUCCAACCGCAGAUACAAUCAUAAUCGACGGAUCCUAUCCUCGUAGCUGGUAUCCAAGACCAAACACCACCUCUCCCAGAUAUCCCACCACGCAAAUGUUCCAGGAGAUUGAAUCGCUGGUCUACAUCAACCUAGUCUGGGUUCGAGGGAUGGGUUUCGCGGAAGCAAUCGCGGUAAGAGCACAAGAAGUGGACAGCAGAGUUAGUCACAGGGAAUACAGCAGAGUUGUCCAGUGGAGAAAUUUCCGCAAGCUAAAACACUUGGUUGUCUGGGGCCUGACCUGCACACGUACUGAAGAGUACUUCAAGCAGAAAGGCAAGGAUGCCACGGAUGAGAUUAAGCGUGGGCUAGAGGAAGAAUUCGAGAAGCUUAAGAUGGAGGAUCCUUCUCGCUCAAUUCCCGAGAUCACGUUGCAGGUCAAGUUUUCGAAAUACUUCCCGGGCUUCUUUAAAUAUGCUGGUGAAAACACCUUGGAUUAUGGGUACUGGCGGAACGGGUCGGGAGACUGGCGGAACGAGCAGGGUGAAAAGGUGACUAAAUUGGGGGAGAGAAUCGAUUGA